GCGAGAGAGAGAGAGAGAGAGAGAGAGCAUCCUGCUCUGGGCACCUCAUUACUAAUUUGACAGUCUGUUCUCGUGCGCUCCUGUACCCGCUCUCCAUACGCUACAAUCUCUCCUGAAUUGUUUUAGAAAUGGCUUUCCAUCCCUACCACGCUUUAGGUGAUUUUAACGACUCGGUCUUCAUAACUCCUUUCAAUGUAACGUUUACCGAGGAUCCGCUGCGCGUGCCCUCACCCAACAAUGAGACCAGCAAGGCUACUGGCAGGAAUACUACAAGUCUCAUCAUCGCUGUCUGUAUCACAGCUCUCUACUCUCUCAUCUGUGUGGUCGGACUGCUUGGAAACGUGCUUGUAAUGUAUGGGGUGGUCAGGUACACCAAGAUGAAGACAGCCACCAACAUCUACAUCUUCAACCUGGCUCUCGCUGAUGCUCUCGCCACCAGCACCCUCCCCUUCCAGAGCGCCAAGUACCUGAUGAGCACAUGGCCCUUUGGGGAGGUGUUGUGUAAAGUGGUCAUCGCCAUCGACUACUACAACAUGUUCACCAGCAUCUUCACGCUCACCAUGAUGAGCGUGGACCGCUACAUCGCCGUUUGUCAUCCGGUGAGGGCCCUGGACUUUCGCACGCCUACCAAAGCCAAGCUCAUCAACAUCUGCAUCUGGAUCCUCUCCUCAGCCUUUGGAGUCCCUGUUAUGGUCAUGGCUGUUACCAAGGUGACAGACAAAGGAAACACUGCCUGUGAACUCAGAUUCCCCAAACCUGAGAAGUACUGGGACACAGUAAUGAAAAUCUGUGUGUUUGUCUUCGCCUUCGUGGUCCCCAUCCUGGUCAUCACCGUCUGCUACGGACUGAUGAUCCUGCGGCUCAAGAGUGUCCGUCUGCUCUCCGGCUCCAAAGAGAAGGAUAGGAACCUGCGACGGAUCACCCGCAUGGUCCUGGUGAUUGUGGCGGCCUUCAUCAUCUGUUGGACUCCCAUCCACAUCUUUAUCAUUGUCAAGACCAUGGUGGAUAUUGACCGCACGAACCUCCUGGUGGUGGCCAGCUGGCAUCUGUGCAUCGCGCUGGGAUACACCAACAGCAGUCUCAAUCCUGUGCUGUACGCCUUCUUGGAUGAGAACUUCAAAAGGUGCUUUAGGGAUUUCUGCCUGCCCUAUCGCUCCCGCCUGGAGCAGAACAGCUUCUCCAGAGCACGCAAUAGCGCAAAGGAGCCCGUGUCUAUUUGUGCUCCUGCGACAAAACAAAGACCAUCGGACUGACUAGGCAUGGAUCAGUUGGGAGAAAGACCAGAUCAGGGGGACCUCCAGACCGAGGUCACACAGUUCUCCACCACAGGAGUCUGAGUCUACAGAUGUCUGCUUUUGACCUGCCACUUAUGUAAAUAAUCGAUUGUGUUUUUGGUCUUAUAUAAUGAAACUUGUGAGACACAAGUCUUUAACAAACAUGCCUGUGUGUGCCUGUGCAUAAGGAAGUGGAAUGCAGAUGUUCAUCCUUGGAGUGUGCAAAGCACAUGAAAAAAAUGCAAACACAUAUACAGUACAGUCACAAAGUAUUGGUAUAGUGAUAUGUCUUUUAUUUUGUUGGUUCUGUACAAUAAAAAAGUGGGUGUUUGUAGGUCUUCACAUCCAUAUUAGGUGAACAAUGAAGGACUCUGUGUAUACACAGUCCCACAAAGAUCAGAUUGUCAAACAGGACAUAGAUCCUAAACACACAGACAAGUCCACUAAGAAGAGUCUUUUUAUGGCCAAGCAGUGGCAGAUGUAUUUUUGGGCCUGUUAGGCAUGUGACUUCAAUCCACCAGAUAAUGUGUUUCACUUGAUGAAGACCAGACUGACUAUAUAAAUUAAAUUACUACAGAAGUUCUUGUGUAACAGGAAGAAGUGACGACGGCUGCAGAACAGAGCUGGCAGAGGGUCAACGGGGAAGUACUGCUGGCUGCUGAUGACUGUGUCACAAUCUUCAGCCAAUUAUUUUCAGAUUAUUUUCAGCUACAUAUUACAGAUGAUGAUUUAAUUCAGAUUUUAAAUAUCUUGUAAAAACACUUUUUAUUCCUUAAAAUUAGGAGAGCAUUUAUAAAGGACUACAAUUUAAUGAUGACACCUUUUAACCACAUUCCUAACCGCUUGUGGGCAGAGGGAAAAGCUGUAAACACAAAAAUCACCUUUGUAUAUGGAUAUGACAAACAGCCUAUUUACACAUCCAGUAGUUACAGAGCAACAUUAUCAUUCAUUUUAUGUCAUGUUUCUGGCUCUUUAGCUGCUACAAGCUCACCACCAGUUAGUCAAUUAGUUAGUCAACUGUUUCUGACUGCUUUCCUGUGUUGUGUUCAAUCGUUUUUUGAGAAUUUCUUCUGAAAACAACACCAUGAGUACAGUGAGAGCAACCCAGAAAAAUAAAGUAAUAAAGUAAAUAGAGUCUACAAACAAAAAACAAUAAGCUGAAAUAUGCUUCAAUGCUUUGUACAGUUAAAGGCAACUGCAGAAUCUAGUGAUAAUUCUCAUUAUGAGUCUUUUUACAUUACACACAAUCAUUCCACCCAUUUUUUAUAUAAAAUGUGCUUUUAUAGCGUCAUUAAACAUGACCUUCGAUUUAAUUUCACGUCCAAAUGAGUACAGAGUCAAUGCAAUGAAAAAUGUGCCUCCAUCCUUCUACUGUCUGAAUGCACUGUUUAUCUAGACUGGUGGCAGUAUUGUUACUCAACCUCAUUAGUAAGAUAAUGCAAAUCCAAUAGCGUGAAUGUUUAGCUGAGACAAUAUUUGCUUUGUCCGUGUAAUAUUUAUAUUAAAGGAUGUAUCUAAUUUCAUACUUGUUCUUGUGAUUGAAAGAGGAAAAACACUUUUAAAAGAGAUAAUUUCAUUCUACAUGACCACAUUUUUUAGUGUCAUCCCCCCCUCCCCCCAACAUUACAUACAUUGUGAGAGAUCUUUGAAAAAGAAACCUUUAAUGACUUGAAAAUACGGCCUUCAUGAUUAAGCAAAGAUGACUGACACUUGUGUAUAUUGUAUACUACUGUGUAUAUUCCCCAUGAACAUCAGUGUUCAGCUGACUUUGCUUCCCUUACUCAGCUGAAAGUUGACUGAGGAGCUAAAGCAAAUGUGUUACUGCUGUUAUAAUAGUUGUGACUAAAUGACCUCAAACUGGCACAGAGGCAAGUCUGAAUUGGAUCAAACGCAUUAGCAGAGAAGAAGCUUCCCACACAUUUUACAGCUAAUGGACAAGUUUCCACUGAAGAUCUUUGUGCACUUGCAGGAAGAGAUUAGGGCAAUGAGAAGACAUUUGAUUUGCAGAUUUUGGAGAAGAAUCAAACAAGAUGCCUCUCAUCUUGUCAACGCAGCAAUGCAGUUUUGUUUGAAAAGACUUCUAUAUAUCAAGUUUAACAAUAAUAUUGUUCUGUCACAGCAUAUUAAGUGAUACAGUGAUUCAUUUUGUUUCAAUGUGCUGUCAAGCUAUCAAGCUGUAGUACUAUUACGCUUACUUUAAAACCAGUUAUUGGAAUCAAACAAUAAAUAACAAUGUAUUUACAAUAAGUGCUAUAAUUGUAAGUUAAAGCUUUCAAAAUCUUAUAAUAAUGAAAACCAUCACUUAAGAGCAUUUGUAAAUGUUUUCUGUAGUUUGCAAUAUGUUCAGCUGAUUGAAAAUAUGUACCGUAAUGCCUUAUUCAGCAUUAUGUUCUUUUUGCAAAAAGUGAAUUUUUCUGUUGAGAAAAAUAGCAGAAACAUUUUAUAAAGUAACUUAUUGUAUUGGUGUAAUAACCAAUUUAGUCAAGAUGUAUCUUGUGUUUUAAUUUGAAAUAUAGUUGUAAAUAACGUUUCAGUUAUUCAGUUCAGUUUUUUUCCAAUAUUUUGUGUGGUUGUCAUUACAAAUGUUGUUAACAUUUAUACUCUUUGUAAAUGCCAGUGAGGCCUCAUGGGAGUAAAACGUGUGAUUUGUUGGUAGAAUCAAGAAUGGAUUAUUGAUCGAGGUAAUGUUGAUGUUGUAAAUAUAACACAUCUAAAGUGCACAUUUAAAUAAAAGCAUAUGAAAUAAGUCAGGGAUGACAUUGGGGUUUCUAGCCACCAGAUGCAUUGUGAAAUUAUCGAUGUUUCCAAUGUACCAAUUAAAAAAUGAGGGUCUG